CAUGCAUCCAUCGCUAGUGUUUUCAACAUGGCAGCGAUCAGGGGAAGGGUGGCACAGAGUUGUCUGACAACAUGCCUCUUCAGACAGACAAACCUCGGCGGUAUCAGCACUUUCCCUCUCUUGACGACAAGGGGAGAGGCGACGAUACAGACUUCCAACCUCCACACAUGUAGAGGGGGCAGGAAUGCUUUUGUCAGGGCGAUCCUGGGACAUCAGAAGAAUGGACAACUCCUGCUUGUCAGCCCUGUGCCUGUCAGAUACAACAGCACACAGGUCCCAGGUGACACAUUGGAAUCAGUAUCCACACCAAGUCCUCCAGACCUGCAAGCCUUGACUGAUGUGCCGGUCGCUGUGGCGGACACCAGCAUGGCAGCUGCAGCAGCGGUUGAUUCCGCCCCCGUCGUCAUCUCCCAGCCAAUCACAGAGCAGGUGGCCGAGGUUGCCCCCACGGUAGUGGACGUUCUCCAGGAGGCGGGACCUGAGCUCAGGCUGGCAGAGCUGGGAUUGGGCAACUACACACCAGUCGGGGCCAUCCAGAACCUCCUGGAGUUCUUCCAUAUGGACCUUGGCAUGCCAUGGUGGGGAGCCAUUGCUCUGGGUACGGUGCUGGCCCGCUGUCUGGUGUUCCCGGUGAUCGUCAAGGGCCAGAGGGAGGCGGCCAAGCUGAACAACGUGAUGCCAGAGAUGACAAAGCUGACCAACCGCAUGAACGAGGCCAAGCAGAGCGGGAACAAGUUUGACUUUGCAAAGGCGUAUUCGGACCUGAUGCUGUUCCAGAAGAAGAAUGAUGUCAACCCCCUCAGAGGGUUAAUAGUGCCCUUGGUUCAGAUGCCCAUCUUUGUCUCCUUCUUCAUCGCGCUGAGGAAGAUGGCGUACCUCCCGGUUCCCAGCCUGCAGACCGGCGGCACACUGUGGUUCCCCGACCUGACCAUGGCCGACCCCUACUACAUCCUGCCCUUCGCCGUCACCGGAACCAUGUUCGCCAUCCUGGAGCUAGGGGCAGAGUCUGGUGUAGAUAACCCCAAUCUGAAGGCGAUGAAGACGGUGUUGAGAGUGAUGCCCUUCGUCAUCCUCCCCCUCACCAUCAACUUCCCCACGGCGGUGUUCACAUACUGGAUGACGUCCAACCUGUUCACCCUGAGUCAGGUGGCCCUGCUCAACCAGACGCUGAUCAGGAAGAGGCUCGGCAUCCCAGAGAAGAUUGUCCACCCGGCCUCCGCCCUGCCCCCCCAGGAGGGCUUCAUCAAGACCAUCCAGAAAGGUUGGAAGAACGCCCAGUUGGCUCAGCAGCUGGAGGAGAGGGAGAGGAGGAUAAAGGGACACCUGGACAUUGCCUCUAAAGGGCCGCUGAGGCAAACAUUCACCCACAAUCCUUUGCAACAGACCGCUCCCGCCUCCACCUCGACAAAGGCGUCAGGACAGAGCACGGGAAAGAAGAGGCCAUGGGAGGAUACGAUUGGCUGAGAGGGAAGGUCAGAGAUGAGAUGAUUGGUUCCAUGGAGGUGUCCGGGAAGGAUUGCAAUGAUGUGACUGGUUUAAAAGGAUGACUGACAGAUGACAACACCUCCACCGUGUACAUAUUUAUUUGGCUAACUAGUGUGAGAGAAAGGGGAGGGGAGGGAUCUGUGUGGGUGGGAUUCGUGGGGACUCGUAUGAUACUUGUGUAUUAUAACCAAUAAACAACACAUUGGAU